AUGAAAAAUAGAACAGUUGUCCUAUUGGUCAUUAUCUACAGUGCUAUUUCAGUUCUUGGAGAACCAGUUGUAGUAUCAUAGUCAUUCUAAGGAAAUGGGUUCAAUGAUGCAGAUGGUAAUUUUAUAAUGUAAUUUGAUAGGUUGGGUUGUAGCUGGUGGACUAGCUCAUGUUACUGAGUGCAGUGGCACAAAAAUGUUUGGAGGCUUUGGUAAAUUUGGUGGCAAAGCGGUUGCAAGCAAGUUAUUUGAAUUGCCUCCUCACUCUUCAAUAAACUUGAAAGUUUAAUUCUGGAAGUAAGAUAUAUUACUAAGUUUCUUAGAAUUGAUUCAUGGGAUAAUGAAGAAGGAUACAUUUUUGUAGAUGAUUAACUUGUAUGGUCAAGAAAAUUUAGACACAAUGAAGGUGAUGGAUAAAAGUGUGGAUAAGGUGGUGAUUGGAAAGAAAUGACCCUUAAUCUUGAUUUAAAUAUAAAACAUACUGGUGCAACUGCUGUUGUUAUAUUUACAUCAAAUUUGAAUGAAGCUGCCGAUAAUGUAUAUUUUUUUAUCUUAAGAAAUAGGAAUCUUGGGCCAUAAGAGAUUUUGUUUUAUCUGUAGAAAGAUGCCCAGAGGAUUGCUCUGCUUGUUAGGUUGAUGACAAGGCUGAAAAUUGCUAAUUCUGGUAAUCAUUUUCUAGCAGUUGGGGAGCUCUAGAUCAUAACUAAUUAGGAGCUGAUGGUUGGGAAGUUGCAGGUGGAUAAAAGUCAGCUACCGAUUGUGGAGGUAAUGAAUUUUAAAUAUCUUUUUAAAGGUGUUGCUUUAUUCGGUGGAUUCGAUAAAACUGGAUCAAAAACAGUGGUUAGCAAAAUCUUAAAAGUUAACCCCCAUUACAAAUUAAAAAUUAAAGUUCUUUGGGCUAAGAUUGACUCAUGGGACAAUGAAGCUGCAUAAAUCAAAGUUGAUGGAAAAAUGGUUUGGGAAAGAAGAUUUUAAUGGCAUGAGGGUUACUUUGGUAAGAUCUGUGGUUGCCCUGUCUUUGAAUGGAAAACUAUAUUUGCUAGAACUGAAGUGGAUAUUGAUCAUACUGGUGAUUAAGCUAAAAUUGAAUUCACUUCAACUCUAAAUGAAGCUCCAAACAACGAAUCCUUUGGUUUAAGAGAUUUAUAUAUCUUCUAUGCAUCCUGUUCUGAAAAUUGUGCUGAAUGUACAGGACCUAAAGAUUCUGAUUGCAAAAGUAUUAAAAUUUAUAAUAAUUUUAGAAUGUGCAAAUAAUUGGGCUUUAGUUGAUGGUAAAUGUUAAGCUUUACCAAAUUUCAUUCUUUUAGAAUAAUCAUUUUUGGAAGAUAAAUUUACAGGAAUAAAUGGAUGGAUUCUUAAUAAAAAUAAAGGAGGAAGAUUAAUUAAUGAAUGUAGUGGUAAAUCUAUGGUUGGAGGAUUUGAUAUUAUGGGUAUUGGUGCUAGUGCUACUAAAACUUUUGAUAUACCUCCACAUAAAAGACUUAGACUCUAAUCAACUUUAUACAAAAUUGAUUCUUGGGAUGGAGAAUUUAUGAUUAUCAAAGUUGAUGGAACUGAUGUAUGGAAAACUUCAUGGAAUCUUUAAACUGGAGGUGCUAAUUUCUGUGGAUAAGGAAUUUGGUUUGAUGGUAUUGUAGGAGUUGAUUAGAUCUUUAAUCAUUAAGCACCNAGGAAAUUUAGACACAAUGAAGGUGAUGGAUAAAAGUGUGGAUAAGGUGGUGAUUGGAAAGAAAUGACUCUUAAUCUUGAUUUAAAUAUAAAACAUACUGGUGCAACUGCUGUUGUUAUAUUUACAUCAAAUUUGAAUGAAGCUGCUGAUAAUGUAUAUUUUUUGAUCUUAAGAAUUAGGAAUCUUGGGCCAUAAGAGAUUUUGUUUUAUCUGUAGAAAGAUGCCCAGAGGGUUGCUCUGCUUGUUAGGUUGAUGACAAAACUGAAAAUUGUUAAUUCUGGUAAUCAUUUUCUAACAGUUGGGGGGCUUUAGAUCCUAACUAAUUAGGAGCUGAUGGAUGGGAAGUUGCAGGUGGAUAAAAGACAGCUACCAAUUGUGGAGGUAUUAAUUAAAAAUAUCUUUCUAAAGGUGUUGCUUUAUUUGGUGGAUUCGAUAAGACUGGUUCAAGAGCAGUGGUUAGCAAAAUCUUAAAAGUUAACCCCCAUUACAAAUUAAAGAUUAAAGUUCUUUGGGCUAAGAUUGACUCAUGGGACAAUGAAGCUGCAUAAAUCAGAGUUGAUGGAAAAAUGGUUUGGGAAAGAAGAUUUUAAUGGCAUGAGGGUUACUUUGGUAAGAUCUGUGGUUGCCCUGUCUUUGAAUGGAAAACUAUGUUUGCUAGAACUGAAGUGGAUAUUGAUCAUACUGGUGAUUAAGCAAGAGUUGAAUUCACUACAACUUUAGAUGAAGCUCCAAACAACGAAUCCUUUGGUUUAAGAGAUUUAUAUAUCUUCUAUGCAUCGUGUUCUGAAAAUUGUGCUGAAUGUACAGGACCUAAAGAUUCUGAUUGCAAGAGUAUUAAAAUUUAUAAUAAUUUUAGAAUGUGCAAAUAAUUGGGCUUUAGUUGAUGGUAAAUGUUAAGCUUUACCAAAUUUCAUUCUUUUAGAAUAAUCAUUUUUGGAAGAUAAAUUUACAGGAAUAAAUGGAUGGAUUCUUAAUAAAAAUAAAGGAGGAAGAUUAAUUAAUGAAUGUAGUGGUAAAUCUAUGGUUGGAGGAUUUGAUAUUAUGGGUAUUGGUGCUAGUGCUACUAAAACUUUUGAUAUACCUCCACAUAAAAGACUUAGACUCUAAUCAACUUUAUACAAAAUUGAUUCUUGGGAUGGAGAAUUUAUGAUUAUCAAAGUUGAUGGAACUGAUGUAUGGAAAACUUCAUGGAAUCUUUAAACUGGAGGUGCUAAUUUCUGUGGAUAAGGAAUUUGGUUUGAUGGUAUUGUAGGAGUUGAUUAGAUCUUCAAUCAUUAAGCACCUAAAGCAGAAGUUGUAUUUACAUCCACUUUAAAUUAAGAUGCUGCUGAUGGUAAUUAAAUAUUUUUUUAUCUUUUAGAAUCAUGGGGUUUCAGAGAUUUCAAAUUAUGGUAUGAACCAAAAGAGGCUUGUGCAGUUUUCUAUAGUGAAUGCGAUUAUAAAGGAGCUUCAUUUGAAUUCUGUUCAAAAUCACCUAAUUUCUAAAAGGACAACAUUCCCCCACAAAUUAGAUCUAUUAAGAUUCCACCUUAAGGAAGAGUGACAUUAUAUGAAAGCACAGAUUAUAAUGGAAAGAAGGUCACUUAUACAUCAGACCAAGCUUGUAUUCAAAACUUUGAUGUAAAAAUUUAAUUUUAUUGCUUUAGUUUUCAUUGAUUUAGAUGAGUGGACAUGUUGAAGGAGGUUGGAUCGAAGUUGAACAAUGA